AGCUGUCAGAAAAGAUAAACAUUCGCCGGUGCGGUUGCAGUGUGUGUUGUGGUGCCGUUUCGCAAGCAGCUAGAGGGAAGUGAUAUGAUGUAAUAAAGCAACAACAAUCGUGCGUUUCUGGUCCAAUUUGUUUGCGUCUGCUGGCCGUAACCAUGUCGCUGACAUUGUUGCGUACGCUGUGCCGCCACCAGCAGCACGUGCUACAGCAGCGUCAGUCCGUUUCGUUCGUAGGCAGCGGCGCGUUUCGUGGUGCAAUCCGCCUGCAAAGCACCGCCGGUGGAGAUGGUCCGAAACAGGACGGCGACAACGACAAGCAAUCGACCAAAGAGCGGCUGGCGGCCAAGUACAGCCGGGAGAAUGUAAAGCGCAACGUGCAGGGGUACGUGUUUUCACGGUUUUUCGACUACGUGAAAAACUACGACAAGGUGAUCGAGAAAAAGUUCCCGUCGGCGGUACACGUCUACCGGGUGUUUCUGGUCGGCGUGCGCGAUUUCUUCAACGACAUGAAGAAGCUAGUCAAGAUCACGAAAAUCGUCUACUCGCACGAUAACGAUCUGCGCUGCCUGACGCGCAAGGAGAUCGAGCUGUACUACCAGAUGCCGCGGGACAUGAGGAAGGUGGCGCCCGUGCUGCUCAUAUCGGCGCUGCCGUUCGCGAACUAUGUGAUAUUUCCACUUGCUUACAUGUACCCCCGUACGCUGCUAACGUCCCAUUUCUGGUCGGCACAGCAGAAGCUAGACUUUGUGCAGAUCGAUCUGCGCAAUCGGCUGCUGUACAAUCGGCGCGUCUUUCGCUGCAUGCAGUCGAAGCUGGACGCGCUGAAAAAGACGCACGAUCCGGCGUACGAAAAGUUUGCCUACAUGCUGGGCCUGCUCGGCAGCGGGCUGCACCCAACGUCCGAGGAGAUACUGGACGUGAAGGAAGUCUUUCAACGGCCGCCGUUCCACCUGAACAGCUUAUCGUCCUCACAUUUGAAAUAUCUCUGCCGAUUGCACGACAUUCACGCUGGACUGUUGCGGCGGUUUCGGCUCAGUGAGCGUGCCUACGUCGUACACCACAUGGAUAUGGCGAUCAAGCGAGAGGGAGGCGUCCACAACAUGCCGAUCGAGUCGCUCAAGCACGCCUGCUACCUCCGGGGGCUGAAUGCGAACAAUCUGAGCGCCGAGAGCAUGAUCGAGUGGCUGCAGGAGUGGGUCAAGGUGUCGCUGGUUGUCGACGAGGAUUGCAUCAGCAUGCUGCUGCAUCUACCCAUCUUUCUGACGUACAACCACACCAACAACUGGAUUCUGAUACACUGAUAGCGGCUUACCAUUGGCGGGAGGCAGAGAGACAGAACAAUCGGUUUAAAAAAACGGAGGAACAAUGUUAACGUAUCAGCAACAAAAAAGCCAACGGCUUAUCCACUAUUUCUGUAGGUAUACAUAUGAAAUCGAUAUUGUUA